GGAUUUCUCUUAAGGGUCUAUCUACUUUGUCCUUGGAGUACUCCACGUGGAAUGAUCGAAUCGAACGAAGAGAAGAAUGAAGAUCAUGAUCGCCAUGACAGGCAGCUUAAAAUUUACUACAAGACUCCCCGCCAAAGUGCCUGACGGCCAGCCAAACCCCGUCAUGGUCGGUCCCGGCAUGAAGUCUUUAGGCGAAGAGGCUUAUACCAAUGCCUCAAAUGCCACUCCUAGUCUGGAGACCGACAAGAACCAUCCCCUGGUCAAUGACACCCCAUCGUACUUCUCUCAGGUUCCUGGCACCAAACAGUCGUCGACCGUCGCCGAUACCGCUUCUCCCGGCUCACCAGCUGAUGCGGCCAAGAACGCAAAGUCGCCUAUUGAGCUCCUCCGCCGUCUGAGCCUCGGCCGCUCCCCAAUGAUUCCGGACUUUGACCCGCGCGAACAAUAUCCCGGUUUGAACCUCACGGGGCGGAUUAUCAGCGCCGCUUUCUGCAUCCCGUACAAGGUCGGCUACCGUCCUGGCUCUGACUGGGAUCUCAAACCGCGUCCCGGAACUUCUGCCCUUUUUGAUUCCUUUGCUUAUCUCGGCUCCGGAGAGACGAAAUGGUCCCAUACGCUCGUUGGCUGGACCGGCGAGGUGGAACCAAUUCAAGACGUCUCCGUUCCUCUCCAACACAUCCCAGUCAACUCUGGCGCAAGGCUACCGCCCGCGCUCAAUGGCGUUGCCGUUCCACUGAACAAAGCAGCGGCCCCCGUGCCCGUAGACUCUAAGCAGCGACCACCCAGCCACCCGCUCCUCGAAGGCUUCAGAGUCAGUCAAGACGACCGAGUGCGUCUUGACGCUCAGCUGAGGUCGGGCCGUUACGGCAAGAUCGCUCCGGUAUGGUUGUCGGACGAGUCCGAAGAGCCCGAGGAGUCUUCGAUCUUCCUGGAAGAUCAAGGCAGAUGGAGGCGAUAUGCGGAGAAGGAGCUGUACCCCCUGCUUCAUUACAAGCAACACGGCCCCACGGAUGGCCGGUCAGAACGGAAGUGGUGGGGAGAUUACGUCCGCAUGAACAGACUCUUUGCGGACCGUAUCAUACAGGAGUAUCAGGAAGGCGACAUCGUCUGGAUCCACGAUUAUCAUCUCUUCCUACUGCCUAGUCUGCUGCGGCAACGGAUACCGAACAUCUACAUCGGAUUCUUCCUGCACGCCCCGUUUCCCAGCAGCGAGUUCAUGCGUUGCCUUGCCAAGCGCAAAGAAGUCCUGACUGGUGUCCUGGGUGCCAACAUGAUCGGCUUCCAGACAUUCUCCUACUCGCGUCACUUCUCGUCCUGUUGUACGCGCGUCCUGGGCUUCGAUUCGAAUAACGCCGGCGUUGAUGCGUACGGCGCCCAUGUUGCGGUGGACGUCUUCCCAAUCGGAAUUGAUGUCAAGACCAUUCAGAAGGCGGCCUAUGGUUACCCCGAGAUCGAAGAGGCCGUGGUGGGACUUCGUAAACUGUACGCCGGCAAGAAGAUCAUUGUCGGCCGUGAUCGACUGGACAGCGUUCGCGGUGUGGCCCAGAAGCUGCAGGCAUUUGAACAGUUCCUGGAGAGGUAUCCGGAGUGGCGUGAGAAGGUCGUCCUCAUCCAAGUGACCAGCCCAACCAGCGUGGAGGAGGAGAAGGAGGACCCCGAGAACAAGAUCGCCAGCCAGAUCUCAAACCUGGUGUCUACCAUCAACGGCCGCUUCGGCUCGAUCAGCUUCUCGCCCGUCAAGUACUACCCCCAGUAUCUCUCCCAGUACGAGUACUUCGCGCUCCUGCGUGUCGCCGAUGUGGGUCUGAUCACGACCGUCCGGGACGGCAUGAACACGACGAGUCUGGAAUACAUCCUCUGCCAGCACAACACUCAUGGUCCUCUCAUUCUCUCCGAGUUCUCUGGUACGGCGGGCACGCUGUCCAGCGCCAUCCACAUCAACCCAUGGGAUACGACCGGCGUCGCUGAAGCCAUCAACCGAGCCUUGACUAUGUCUCCGGAGGAGAAGAAAGCGCAGCACGUCAAACUCUACAAGCACGUCACCACGAAUACCAUUUCGACCUGGUCAAACCAGUUCGUCACCCGCUUGCUGACCAAUCUUUCCUCUUUUGACCAAUCCGUGGCAACGCCGGCGCUGGACCGGGCGACGCUGUUGAAGCAGUACCGCAAAGCGCGCAAGAGGUUGUUCAUGUUCGAUUACGACGGUACUCUCACCCCCAUUGUCAAAGACCCGCAGGCCGCCAUCCCAUCCGAUCGGGUGUUGCGGACUCUGAAGACUCUGGCCGCGGACCCUCGCAAUGCGGUCUGGAUCAUCAGUGGUCGGGACCAGGCGUUCCUGGAUGAAUGGAUGGGCCACAUCCCGGAAUUGGGCCUGAGCGCCGAACAUGGCUGCUUCAUCCGGCAGCCGCGGUCGGAUGACUGGGAAAACCUUGCCGAGUCGAGUGAUAUGGGAUGGCAGAAAGAAGUGAUGGAGGUGUUCCAGCACUUCACCGAGCGUACGCAAGGCUCCUUCAUCGAGCGUAAACGGGUUGCCCUGACCUGGCACUACCGCCGAGCGGAUCCCGAGUACGGUGCAUUCCAGGCUCGGGAGUGCCGCAAGAUGCUGGAGGAGACGGUAGCCAAGCGGUGGGAAGUCGAGGUGAUGGCCGGUAAGGCUAAUCUAGAGGUGCGGCCGACAUUUGUCAACAAGGGCUUCAUUGCGGCGCGGUUAGUCCAGGAAUACGGAACAGAACCCGGGCAAGCUCCAGAAUUCGUCCUCUGCUUGGGAGACGAUUUCACCGAUGAGGACAUGUUCCGUGCGCUCAAGAAGUCCGGCCUCCCCGCUGGGCAUGUGUUCUCGGUCACCGUUGGGGCCAGUUCGAAGCAGACGGAAGCCAGCUGGCAUCUCCUUGAGCCAGCUGACGUGAUUGGAACGAUUUCCAUGCUGAACAAUAGUUCUUCUGCGCAAGAAUACUAG